GUUUAUGAAUGAGCGCAGCCCUCAACGCGCCAAAAUCUGACUGGCACCGAAAGCGCCUCGCUGCACGCUAGGAACAAAAGCGUCAUUACGCUAUCCGUGGAGGGAUUUCUGACAAAGACACGGGGAUAAACUGGCGAUAAGACUACUGUCCCAUUGUAUCGUACUUAGCACUUAAAGCCGGGCCAAGACCACAUAUGUCUCAUUCAACCGACUUCAUGCCAUCUUUGACUCCUUGAGAAGGUAAAUAAACACAAUACUCAUUCCGCUACCCAGAAGCACUACGCCAAGAAAACUUCCUGGAAGCUGCUCUCUGUCGGGGUCAUCUGCUUCACUCUCUCCAUCUCCAUACAUCCCAACCAAGCCUCAACAAUGUCGUCAACAAAAGGUCUGGCCCUAGUCACAGGCGCAAACGGCUUCAUCGGAGCCCGAACAGUCGAAACCUACCUCCUAGCCGGCUACUCCGUCCGCGCCGCCGUCAGAACCCAGCGCUCCGCAGAUGAGCUCACCGCCGCCCUUCCCUCACAAGCCUCAUCAGGCCAGCUGUCUACGGCCAUCGUCCCAGACAUCACCGUCACAGGCGCUUUUGACGAAGCACUCAAAGGCGUCACCUCCAUAGCCCACCUCGCGACCCCCGUCAGCUUUGCCAACACAAAUGUAGAGGAGGUCCUAGGGACGGCUGUGCAGGGCACGCUCGGCAUCCUUGAGUCGGCGAUAAAGGAGGCCGGUUUAAAGUCUUUCGUGUACAUGUCGUCCAUUGUGGCGAUCCGUGGCUCGAGCCCAAAGUUCCAGGGGCGGGUUGUCUCGGAAGCGGACUGGAACGAUGAGGCGGAGGAGAUCCUCGAGAAUGCGGGCGCCGAGGCGACGGGUCAUCAGAUUUAUGGCGCUAGCAAAGUGAAGGGAGAACGCGCUUUCUGGGACUUCAAGGAAAAAAACAAGGGGAAGAUCAACUUUAGCAUGACGGCGGUCAAUCCCGUGUGGGUUGCUGGUCCACCGCUCAUUCUCCCUGAAGACCCCAAGAGGCUCAGCGAUACUGCAAUCACUGCGUACCGUGUUAUGAGCGGCGAGGAGGUACCGCCUGUGGGACCUGGAAACGGGACGCACGUCGAUGCUCGUGAUGUUGGGCGGAUUAUCGUGUUUGCUGCCGAUAGGCCGGACGUGGCCGAUGGGCAGCGCUACAUUGCUGGUGGAAACGGUAAUUUUGCCAAUAUUCAGGCGUAUUGCGAUCUGUUGAGGAAGGCGUACCCUGAUAGGAGGGAUAUCAUUCAAGAGGGAGAGCCAGGUAAGGGGUAUUUGGAAGACUACGGCGAGCCCCCCGAGUCGCGAAGGGUCGAUGCCUCGAAAGCUUCAAAGGCCACUGGCCAGGGUUGGAUUCCUUUCGAUAAAAUGAUCUUGGAUGCUGCCAAGGCUUAUGAGAGGUAUUUCUAGAUAAUCAUCUUCGGUUCUUUGCUAGGCCAUAGUCUAGAACAUGAGAAAAUAAGUUCGAAGAAAGGGCGUAAGCUACUCUAAUCCUGAAGAUUCACCAUGUUGAUUCUUCAACCGCCCUUUAUGUAGAGGCACCUCGCCAAAUCCAGGUAGUUAAACCCCAAGCCAGCAGGGUCACUUCUCAAUCCUGAGUUGUGUCCGUCAGCUUAAAGGCUUACAAAUAACGAUGUCAUUGUUCAAGCAAAAUUCUCACCUCAUACUUCUAACAUGUGCAACCGACGAAGGCCACUUCGCAGCAACAUCCGUCGCCGCA